AAAAGUUUUUAAUAGACUUUAUUUUUUUGGACAGUUUUAGGUUCACAGCAAUAUUGAACAGAUAAACACAACACAUUCCCCCCCCCCUUUUUUUUAAAAUUUUUUUAUUGGGGAACAGUGUGUUUCUCCAGGGCCCAUCAGCUCCAAGUCAAGUCGUUGUCCUUCACUCUAGUUGUGGAGGGCGCAGCUCAGCUCCAAGCACAGUCGCCGUUUUCAAUCUUUAGUUUCAGGGGGCGCAGCCCACUUGUUGUUGAGAGCUCGCGCUCUAAUCAACUGGGCCAUCCCGCUGCUCAGCACAUUCCUUUUUAAUAACCAUUUGCAAUAUACAUUCAUGGAAUGAUUUUCCUAAACACGUCAAAGCCGUAAUCCUUUCCCGCUUGAGAAGAACUGAUUUCACUUUUCACCGAACCAGCGUUCUCUCUCUGGUGAUCUAGGACUGGGUACGAUUAGUGUUUCGUUUAAAAUUGCAUCCUCACCAAACUUUCCUCCUCAGGAAGACCACAGGCCACUUGGCAGGUCAGCCUGUGGCGCCCCUUCCAUCCUGGGGUUCCAGAGGCUGUCCUAGCAGGGACAGAUGCCGAGUCCAGGAAUGGCUGUGCCUUUCUUGCCUGCAGGGCCUCUGCCUGCCCCUUUGCACAACUCCCCACCAGCAUGGGGUCUCUGCUACCACUGUUCUGUCCAGGGCACUGCUUUGUGGCAGAGGUGUCGGAGUGGAUCUAGGACUGUGGGACCCUGUGGCCAAAUCGUAUGCCGCACCCCCCAGAAGCUGCGAGCUGGGGGGUAGUAGACACCCUGAGACCGCAAUGUGGCACUGUCCCCAGUCGGAAGAAUACAUGAGUCCAGGACUGGCGCCACUCCCAGUGGGCUCUGUGUGGCUGGGGUCCCGACCCACAUUCCCAUGGAACUCAUUACUGGCUGCCCUUGCACUUUGUUCUCCCCGCGUCCAGGCGCCCGCAGGCAACGAGGCAGAAGUGAAGUCACACAGCAGGGAAAAGAAUGCAAGUGAUCUUGCUGGCUGCCUGCGACUGUGAAAUGAAGAAAGGGCAUCCCAGCGUCGGGGGGCAGAGUGACCGGGGCUCAGCCCCCUGAGGAGAGGGUGACAGCGAUCUGGGACACGGAGACGGUGAGACGCGAGAUGGCCACUGCAGCGGAGGCCAGGCGCUGCUUACCGGCCGAGGGGCCGGGCUCCGGGAGCAAAACCGCCCCGGGGACGCCAGCGCAGACGGGGCGGUGCCUCGGUCCUUUAAAAUCGACCAACCGUAGAGCGGUCCGAGGCCACCGCGCGCCGCUGAUUGAAGCGUCAUCGCGCCAAUCGGAGGCCGGCAGGAGCGGAGCUCCGCCCGGGCGGUUCCAGCACGUGUGCGCGUGCGCGAGGGCAGGAAGCUGGCCCCUGAUUGGCGGCAGGGUUGGCGGCACACGCCCGGGGACGGGCCGGACGCGGGGCGGGCCCACGGCUACGUGAUAGUUGUCCCGGGGGAGGGCGAGGGGGAGGGAGUGUAAAUAGAGCGAAGGCGUCGGUCCCGUCACCUUGAGGACGACCCCGAGGAGUCCUGGAGGGAAAUGGAAGGAGAUGAGCAAGAGCAGCGGCGUAGGAAGGUGGAGGCGGGGAGAGCGAAGCUUGCUCACUUCCGACAGAGAAAAACAAAAGGUGACGGUGCGCAUUCGAAGAAAAAGGCGGCGAAGAGGACGGGCCCGGCUGUCGAUGCGCCUGUCCAGGAGGCGAGCCCGGUAGCCAGCGAGGACGGUGGAGGCGUGGGCCCAGGGGACGCUUGCCGAAGCUCAUCGUGCAGUGAGCCCCCUGAGGGGGCAGGAGCAGCUCAGCCGGAGGACCCUGCUGGCGCGAGGACGGAGGACUCAGCAAGGCUGCAGAAGCUGGAUGCCGACUGCCCCGACCAGCCUGCGGUGCUCACAGAGGAGUGUGAACGGGCCUGUGCGUCUGCAGGUGCUGAGUCGAUGGGCCAAGCUGAGGACGAGGCUGGUGGGCAGUGGUGGACAAUGGGGGGGCGUCCGCCUACAGCAGAGGAGCAGCAGGGGCAGCUGCCAGCCCAGGUGACCCGGGUGCUCACGAUUCUUACCUGGGCCCUUCAGGCCAGGUGCCAGGGACCCUCCCUGCACGGCCAGCCUGUUCCCUAG